UCCAAUUGGGAGCGGCCCGAGUGGGACUACAAAGUGACUGUACAAAACUGACACACGCGACUAUAUGAUAUCAGAGACGGCUCCUCCUUGUCCGAAACCAAACCCACUCUCACGCACAGAUGCCUGUCUCUCCGAUGGCCACGCUGGCAUCCCAAAGCGACGAGCCCUUAACCCCGGCGGGACGUCUCUUCGUCCGGCCCGAAAUGAACCAAGUAAUCCAUUGUGCCGUAGGAUUGAAGAACCCAAUAGACAUCGACUCCGUCAUAGCUCAGGUGCGCAGCUCCGUCAUGCUUCGCCACCCCAGGUUCUGCAGUCUUUUGGUUCGCGACCCCGACGGCCGUGAACACUGGAGACGAACCCACAUCGACUUGGACCGCCACCUCGUCGUACUGGACAGCCCCGUCUCCGCCACCGAAAGCGAUGAUGAAUCCUCGGUGAACGAGUACUUGGCCGACUUGUCCACUAGCUCGGGACUCAGCGAAGACAAGCCGUUGUGGGAGAUCCACCUGUUGCUGGCCCACAAGUGCGUGAUCUUCCGCCUUCAUCACGCAUUGGGAGAUGGGGUCUCUUUGAUGUCGAUGCUCUUGGCGUGCUGCAGGAGGGAGGACGACCCGGACGCGGUACCUAAGAUUGGUUCUGUUGGGAACCGUAGAAAUGGUAUGGCAGGGAAAAGGAGGGGUUGGUGGGAGUGGGUUUACUACUAUUGGAGGGUUUUGUGGAGCUUUUUGGAGAUGGCUUGGUUUAGUUUGAUCUUCGUGGUGGAAUUUAUAUUAAGGAGUUUGUGGGUCUGUGACCGAAAAACGGUUAUAGCCGGGGGGGCGGGGGUUGAGCUCUGGCCGAGGAAGCUGGCAACGGCCAGGUUUCGGCUCGAGGACAUGAAGUUGGUCAAGAAGGCUGUUCCUAAUGCGACCAUUAAUGAUGUUCUUUUUGGAGUGGUAUCAUCAGGAUUAUCAAGAUAUCUAGAUCACCGAGGGCCAAAUGUUCUGCAAGAUGGGCUUCGAAUGACGGGGGUAGCCAUGGUUAAUUUAAGGGAACAACCGGGAUUGCAGGAUCUAUCAGAACUGAUGAAAGACAAUUCGGGUUCACGGUGGGGUAACAAAUUUGGCAUGAUUCUCCUACCUAUUUAUUACCAUAAAAGUGGUGCCGAUCCUCUACAGUAUCUGAAGACAGCUAAGGCGAUGAUUGAUCGGAAGAAACAGUCUUUAGAGGCUUAUUUCUCAUACAAAAUUGGGUAUCUUAUAAUGACCUGCUUGGGAUCAAAGGUUGCUGGCUUACUCAACUACAGGAUUGUCUGUAAUACUAGCUUUACGAUCUCAAAUGUCGUUGGCCCACAAGAGACGAUCAUGAUUGGAGACAAUCCUAUUACUUACAUGAGGGCAAAUUCAUCAAGCCUACCCCAUGCACUCACAAUGCACAUGGUGAGCUAUGCAGGAAGGGCUGACAUGCAAAUUUUGGUGGCAAAAGAAAUCAUCCCUGACCCAGACUUUCUUGCCAAGUGCUUUGAAAAUGCAUUGCUUGAAAUGAAGCGAGCCGCUUCAAUCACCUGCAAAAUAUAGGAGGAAUUUAUUUGUUAGUAUGCAUGCCGAUCAAUUCACAUGGACUACAAUUACAAAGGAAGAUUUAUUUAAAUUUCCCAAAUAUAAAUAAUUUUGGAAGCACCAUAAGAAAAAUUAGACCUCAAUUAAUUUGAUGUAUGUAUACAAUUAGGUCUUAA